AUGUAUUACAACAAUUUCAAUCCGGUCACCACGCCGAUGAUGAAUCCGUCGAUUUAUGAGCCCAUCGAUCCAUUGGAAGCGGCCGUUCGCGGAAUCGUUCCUUUAGGUGGAUUUCUUUUCCUUGUUUUCCGAGCUCAGAGGUUAUUCAUCUUUCCUGAAAAGAGCAUACCUCUCUUUUUAGCGAAAGAAAAGUAGAUGCUGGCGGUAAACCUCAGAAAAUUUCACAGAUUUGUUACAUGUUUUAACAAAAGUUUAAAAAGUUAGUGAAACUAAUGAAAAAACAAAUUUUUUUGGUAUGUUUUGCCGAGAAACAAUUUUUUUAGAAAAAAAAAAUCUACCAUCGCAAUCGAUUUCUAAGAUUUUUCCGAUGCCUGAUUCGCUUCGAUAAAAUGUAGAAAACUCUUAAUCGGCAUGAAGUGAAAAACAUUUAAAAAUUUUUUUCCGUCUUGAAAAUACAUCAGAUCCUUAAUUUUCGCAUGAGGAGGACCAAAUCGAAACUAAAUUCAUUCUAGAACAAAAAAAGAAAAAAAUUGUUUAUACUCGCGAUUGCAAAACUUCUGUACAUUUUGAGGCGUGAGGACGUCGACGGAUGGUGGAAAUGGUUACUCGGCGGCGGCAGAACCGACGGCUUCGACGAGCGAAGGCGAGGCAAGGUCUCCUGCGCCGCGGCAAAGCACAGUCGAGACCAUCCGAUCGCUGCCGUUGCCCAAGGUCUUGCGAUUUCUGUCGGUUUGACCAGUUGAGAGAAUUUCAGACCGUCAGCAAGCUGCCGGAGGCGAACUCACGAGAAGAAUAUCUCCGUGAGAACAUCCAGCAAUUGGUGAACAUCGACAAACUGAUCCAUAAACUGCACAACCAAAGAGAGGAGGUUUCUAAAAUUAUUUGUUUUGUCGAAUGCGGAGCUCUGAAUAUGAUAAAAGAUCAGAAGGCUUGAUAGUUGAAAAGGUUUUACGCAAGUAUUGAGAGCGAUGAGAAAAUUUAUCGAAAUAAUGGGAUAUUAAGGAUUAAGCUUAUUUGAACUUCCAAAUGUGUACACCAACGAGGGGUCGUCAACGGUUUGCUUCAUUAAGUUUUAUCAAAGUCUUUUUAAACUUUUCAGUCCCAGUAUAUAACUGAAGGUCAAAGUAUUUGAAAAAAAGAUGUGAAAUGCUUUGAAAUACGAAAACACCCAAUAUGUGAAAAGAAUGUUAGAUAUUUAAAAAAAAAGAAGAAAAAAUUCCAUUUUAUCGCUGGACUUGUUUUUUUUUUCAUGGGAAGUUUGAAUUUGCGCCAGGAAUUAUUUUUUCAUCGUUUUUUUAAAAAAUAUACAUUUGUUUUCCUAAAGGCAGAUUGAAAUGACUAGAUAGUCUGAAUAGCGAAGCUCUUUUGGAAAAAUUGGAAAGCUAAAAAUGAGAAAGUUUUUUUUAAGAUAAUAAAAAAGGCGGCGGAGAAUGUGCUGGGAACAGACAGUCAGCGAGUGAUGAUCAUCAAGAAAGAGGUGGCCGAAGAGUCGGGCUCUAGCGCUCCCCAGAGCUUUGCCAGCAUGCUCAACUCCAAGCCGUCGACCGGUGAACUGCCCAAAAACAGUGAAAAGGCAAAAAAGGUGACCCUUUUGCUUUGAAUCAGCAGAAAAACUGUUAUUCUGUUCUAGAAGUCGAUAAAAUGCGAGCCGAUAUAUGAGGAAUACAUACCGACGCGUGAAACGGGCAGCGUGGAGGACAUGAGAAAAGAAAUGGGCGACGUGGUCAACGCCGAGAAAGACCGGAUCCGGCAGAAGGCGUCGGAGAAGGUCUUUUGAAGACGUGAAACAGAAGAAUAUUCAGAAUUUCUUUAAGGUUUCCGUCAGAUCGAGCGGCUCAGUGGAUCAGAUUUCCGACACGGAGAAAGAGAAAAGGCUCAAAAAGGUGAGCAGCCGUUUUUUAUAUUAGAACUUUAAUUUUUAUCACAGAACAAAGUUAAAUCUGAAGUUCAUCCCGCGGAAGAUCAAUACAUGGAGUACGUUCCACAGGUUCGUCGCUGAAAUGUUCUCAAAAAAUGUUUUCAUUUUUCUGUCUGUGUCACUAAUUUUCUUAUUGAUGACCAAUUUUUUUUUUCCUGCCUGAAGACCGUUCAUGGGAAUGUAGGAACGGCAAAUAAAAAGAAAAAAAAAUUGAAAGUUAGUCGAUAUUGCGAAAUAAGUACUCAAUGAAAUAAUGAUUAUUUUCCGAGAGACCACCGAGUUUUUUUUUCUAACAGAGGGGUACUUUGAAGAAUCCCUGUAGAAUAAUGAACUUUAUUGAAAACUUUUCUCAGAAUGCGCUUUCGCUUUGGAAAAUGUUUUUAAUGUUCUGUAUAGAUCGACAAUCAGAAAAAAAACCAAAUAAAGUGAGUCUAACCGAAGGGAUUCCUUGAGAGUUUCAAGGGUGUUUCAGGAUGAAAUCAGCUCGAUUUUACAUCAAUAUUUUCCUUUUAGCCGAUUUCGAAAAGAGCGCGAAGCCCUGACAUGAAACCAGAAAAGUCGGCCUUGCUUUCUCGAAAAAAGGAGGACCAGUUGGAUGGGAAGAGGAAAAAGAAAAAGAAGAGCAUCGACUUAAUCGAUUUGUGCGAUGACGAUUCUCCUCUGAGGAAUCUGGUGCCAGACGAGCAAUGGUACGGCAAACAGGAGCCGUCAAGUCGCCACAAAACUCCAGUCGCUCCUUGCAAACCUGUCAGAAAGUUCGAAUUUGACUCUGAUAUUGCUGGCGAUGUCGCUCCGGUCUAUACGCCCAAUCCGAUAGUUCCGCCUCAGAAAAAGAAAGAAGUUUACCAGUUUUCAGAGCUAUUACAAUCAAUAUUUUCUCUUCAAGAAAGUGUUUCGGUCGACUUCGAAGCCGCACUAUUUUGACGACGACGACGCUCGGCCGGCCAAAGUGGACCGGAAAAGAAAAUCACCGCAGUCGGAAGACGCUCCCGCGAAAAUUGUUGCUCAUUUCGGUUGAUAAUAUCUAAUUGGUAGUUUACAGAAGAUUCCGAAAGAAAAUGGCGCGGCGAGCUCUUCUAGUUCUCAUUCGAGUUUAUCUACUUCAUCUUCGCGUCGUAUCGCUCAUGAGGCUCCAACGGUGAAAUAAUCGAACUUUCACACUUUUAUAACAACACAUGAGUUAAUAUGUGGCUACAGUUGGUUGAGGCAUUCCUAGUUUUUGUUUCAAAAAAAAAUUAUUAACUUCUUUUCUCGUUUCUUUUGGUGAAAAUUUUCACUGAUUGUUUAUUUGCAUGAUUUUUUCAUUAUUUUUUUCUAGCCGCAAGCGUGAAAAAAAAAAUGCGAAGAAAGUUGAGAAAACGGAAUAAAACGAAAUUUUCCCUAUCUAACGUAAAAAGGUCACUUAGAACUACUUAACGGCCUUACGGAGAAAAGUUUUUUAUUUAUUGGGUAGAAUUUUCAUGGCAUAAACCCUUCUCUCUGUUUUUAAAAUUUAAAUACAUUUAUUUUUAGUUCAAAGACAUUCAUACAUUUAAUUUAGAUCCGCCUCCGUAAGAAAAUUACUUGAUCGCGUCGAAUAAUUGUAAUAGUCAAACAUGCAUGGCUAUUAAAGGACCAUCGUCACGCACGAUAAAACUUGACGCGAAAAGUACUGUAUCGGAGGGGGCGGAGUUAGCUACUUGACAUUCAAAAUCUGAACAGACUGUAGAUUUAAUUUCUUUUUUUGGGAAUCGAAGAGUUUCUAAAAUCACUAAUAAUGAUAAAAAAACUGAGAAGUAUUAUUCAAGGGAAUCCGAAAAUAAACGAUUACAAAAAAAAUUAAUGAAAUUUUCAAUUUUGCCGACAUUGUCCCGUGGAGCGCAUUUUUAAAAACAAAUUUUGCACAGCGUCGCGAAAUUUGCGAUUCUCGUUUAUUUAAAUAAGAAAUUUCCAGAGAAUCAGCUUUUUUACUUUUGUUCUUACCUAAAGUCAUUAAUCUGCAGCCGAUCCCCGUCUACCGGUCAGAAAUCUUGAAACCAAGGAAAAUGAUUCCCACACUAAAUGAGCAGCUCAACCGAACGAUGCAGGCCGCCACGAAGAAACCCGCAGAGCCGCCUCAGAAGAUUCAAAAGGUUCAGAGAAGUAGACGAAGAUCUCGAAAAUCGCAAUUUGCUUAAUCUUCUAAUUUUUGAGAACGGAAACGUGAGAGGCGUUUUUUUUUAAGAAAAUUUUUCAGAAACUAGAGGUUGGAAGCCCCUAUAACCGCGCAAGGCUUCACCGGGCCUUGACGUGUUAUUUAGAUGUGUGUAGAACCGACAUUGCUCUUGGAUCUUUAUUAGAGCAACUCAGCACCGCCAGUUGGUAUGCGUGCUGAGCGCAAGAGUGACAAUACAAGUAGGCGGCGUGCCAUUGGCACGCCUACAUGAUAGUACAUAUGGCAUUGAGGUCAGGUCAACUAGCGUCCUGUCACAUCCCUCCGCUCCAAGAAAGCUUCGUCCCGAAGCGUGAAUUAGUGAAACUAAGACAACUUUUAAGGACUAGGCAAUCAAGGACGGUCUAACAAAAAAUACAGAUAUUAACGCAAGAGGACAAUUGCGCUCUAAAUCAGUUCUACAACACAAUUCUAAGCACUAGCAGACUCUUAUACAACGAUUCCUACGUCACUUAUUUAUCUAGGAACCCAAUCAAAAGACAAGGUAAAGGACGUAUCCGGUCAAAGAUUGAAUGAGAAAAGGAAAUCGAAGAAAAGAGUUUUGUAAACUACAUCGGGGGGCUUACAACAAAAUAAAACGAGACAAGCACGGAAAACUCUCAACACAAUUGAACUAGCGAUUGAAGUCGUCAUCGACGAGAAAAGGGCUCACAGGCCAGGCGAUAUAUAUCACUCUACACAUCCCACCAUCCCAACCGUGUAUCGCGUACCAACAAAGGGGUCAAAAUCGCGGUGAAAAAGUUCAAAAACUUGUCAAUGUGGAGGAGUCGACGUUGCUUGUGACCGGACUCGUGCACUGCUUCACUGGAGCGGCUUCAGAAGAAAGUUGUAGCCUCGCUGGAAUCCCGAACACGAUAUGCGAAAACUGCUAGCGGAAUAGAAUAGGUCGAGUUCCCCGCAGAAGACUUGUAGCUUCUGCAGGCGGCUGAUGGACGAGGUAGAACAGAUGAAAUAGGUGAAUUAGUCCAAGCAGCCGGAUUCUACGGUGGUACCUCCAUAUAACCGCGCAAGGCUUCACCGGGCCUUGACGUGUUAUUUAGAUGUGUGUAGAACCGACAUUGCUCUUGGAUCUUUAUUAGAGCAACUCAGCACCGCCAGUUGGUAUGCGUGCUGAGCGCAAGAGUGACAAUACAGUAGGCUGCGUGCCAUUGGCACGCCUACAUGAUAGUACAUAUGGCAUUGAGGUCAGGUCAACUAGCGUCCUGUCACACCCCCGUUUUCAAUAAAAUUUAAAGUUUGGAUGAGGUUUUCAAGAAUUUUUUUUGUGGUGUUACACAAUUUCAGAUAUAACUAUAGUUUCGAGUAGAAAAAGUUUUCUCUUGUUUUUUUUUCAAAGUACUUCUCGAUUGAUCGACGUUUUUUCAGAAGCCUCCGACGCAGGAGCAGCUCUAUGGCGUUUCACAGAACCGCAUCGGCUCUACGUCCAAAGGAGAACAACGUGUCGCACGAACUUUCCAACCGGUUCGCCUCCGAUUCCCUCGUCUCAUUCUCUUACCUCUUCAGGUCUCACUCAAAUCAAUCAAGAAAGAGCCGGAAGACAGUCCGAGGACAAAGGUGGCGAAAGCGGCGAAAGAGGCGCCGCCUGGACUUUUGGACCCCAUGAACUCGAAGGUGCCGAUGACCGUCCGGAUGCCGUAUUUGAAGAAAAUUUUCGAGCAUUGCGUCAAAAACGAUGUCCCUAAUCCUGCAGCCAGAGUGAGUACAUCAAAUAACUAUACAAUUUGACGAAACUGAAGCGCUUGCUUGAGGCCUGUGCGCAGUUCCUUUUUUAAAUUUGUGUUCUCUCAAAAAUCGCUGACCAUGCUAUCUUCACGAAAAACCAAAGUAAUCAAUUAGUAAAGAUCCAACUUAGUUUAAAUAAAGUUUUCUAUCACUCUUUUUACUAAAAAAAUAAAGGAAGCCUCCUCAAAAUGAGAUAAAUUGACUCAUCAAUCUCCGUGUACGAUGGUGUUUUAGGCCCAAAAAGAAGAGAAGGAAGUUGUUGAUAAGGUGAAGAAUAGGCUCGGAUAUCCGGCUGCGGUCGUGGCCGCGAUCAACAAGAUCCGCAAAGAAGUCAACGGCGACGAUGUUUUGUAUGUGGCCAAAAACGGUGAGAUCCCGGAUUUUUAGUCAAAAGACAUCGCUUUUUCAGCCGUCUCUCACGACCAGGUACUCGCCGGCCGACACUAUGGCAAUGUUUCUGUUGGGAUCAGAAACAAGAGGGUUUUCGUACUCCGGUCAUUCGCCUCAUUAUCUCAUUUUUCAGAUCACAUCUGUUUCUGUUGAGAAAAUGAGCGAUCAAGAGCUUCUUAACAUCAUUUCUACGUUCACAGUCUCUAUGGACGCUUUGAAAGAGAACGGGUCGGUUUGGCAGAAAUUAUUUAUGUUUCAUUUUGAAAAAUGUUUCCAACAAAAGCUCUCAUUCAGUUUAGACUUGUACAACUGAUCUACGGACAGAAAUAAUUCACUUUCCAGGUAUCCUAUGCAAGACAGCGAGCUUCCGAAUAAGGCGAUUAUCGCUGCGACAGAAUACGACAAGAACAAGAAGCCGUGGGUCACGGAAUCAGGCAUCUCUUUCUGCUUCGUCCCAUCUCUAUCAUUGACGUUUAGACCUGCUCCGCACGUGUUCGCGUUGCAACCAGGAAUUCCGACUUCCUGAGGACGGCGUCGUCGUCAAAAGACCUGAGAUUUGUCGCUACCAUACGCGUGGCGUCAGCGUCCAGGGCAAGAGACGUACGUUUCCAGCAGGAAAAUCAACUUUGUUGAUUUUCGAAACUAGACCUUUCAAACCAAAAGUUAUAGACUUUCAUGUUCACAUAAAAUUCAAAAUUUUCAAAUUUUGUUCUCCGUUAUGAGAAUUUUAUUUCACUUCUGAACUAACAGAUUAAUCAUAUGGUCAGCAGCACAUGUCAUGUCUAUGGGAUAUUUCACGAUUUCCAGAAACGUUCUCGAAGAGCCACGCGUGUUGCGGAAUGGAGCUCAACUUGGCGCCAGGUUGCAAAUUCGCCUCUCAUCACGUCUUCGACUCGAUCUCCGUCAAUGAACUCAACAAGUUCUACGCGACGCCGCGGCCUUCUGGAGCCAACGACCCGCGCAGUUCGAAGGUGCUUUUUAACCUUUUUAAUAAGAUUGGUUGGCGGAUAGUAAAAAAAAACCUGUGAAUUUUUAUGAGUAAAGUCCAGUAACGUUGGAUUGGUGUGCAGGUGUACGCGCUGGAUUGCGAAAUGGUCUACACGAUGGCUGGGCCGGCUCUGGCACGCCUUUCGGUGGUCGACCUCCGCGGGAAGCACGUCCUCGACGUGAAGGUCCGGCCUCAGAGCGAGCUUAUCGACGCCAACACGGAGUUUUCUGGUCUCCACGAGAAGGACGUCAUCUCAGCGCCAGACACCAUGCAAUCGGUUGGAUUCAUCGACUCUUCAAGUCUUGAGUCUCCAGUUUCAGUGCCGCGAGAAAUUCUUCCGGCUAGUCAACGCUGAAACGAUUUUGGUCGGACAUUCGCUGGAAAGCGAUCUCAAGGCUCUGCGCAUGAUGCAUAACCGAAUCGUUGAUACCGCCCUUCUUUUCCCAAAGUUUGUAGUUUAUUUUUUAUAAAUUUUGAAAAUUUAGACUAUCCUUCUCAUGACUUUCUGGAUCGAAUCAAAAUGAAUUUUUAAGUAGUGUCGCUUAAAAACUCAUUUAUGUUUAAUGAUUCUCCUUUUUGAAGUACACGAAAUGGAAAGAAGAUGUCGCUGCGUUAUCUUUCGUCCGAACAUCUUCAAAGAUUCAUCCAGCAGGACGUCGCUGGUAUAUUAUCUCGAGAAUGACGUCUUUUAAUUUGUUUCUUUUUUCCAGACAUGGAGGGCCACGACAGUUUUGAAGACGCGAAAACCUGCAUGGAUCUCGUUUUCUUCAAAAUUCGAAACCCCGUUACAGCAUCUUAA